AUGGGAAUUCUCGCGAAUUUAGCUUGUCACUACAACCCAAUUGGCUCACAGUUAUCACAAGACCCUGACCUUUUUAAGGUUUGCUAUCUGAUUCUAUGCCACGAGAAUGACGCUCAUGUUCUUCUCGAAGUGACAAGGCUUCUGUCAACCCUCUUUUCAUUCAGUCCCGAGCAAAAUAACCUUGAAAUAAUAAAAAACCUUGCAUUGUUCCUAACAGAGACCGAUCCUGCUAGACCCUCUGUCAUACAUCAAUACAGCAAGAUUAUUACCAAUACAUUACAUACCGAAUUACUACUUGCUAGUUUACAACUUAUUAUUAACGUCACGCAAUUUCUCUGUUCUAGUGAAGAUGACAACAGCUAUCUGUCCUAUGUUAUAUAUUCAAUAGUAUCAAAAAUGAAAGCACAUGAAAUACCGAAACUAAUGGAUUGGGGUCUUGAUCGUUUAGAAGAACAAAAACGUGGAGUGGGUAUCGGGAUGGGUCUCAAUAGAAAGAUCGCGAAAAAUGUCAUGCGUCUUUUAUGGUUAUUUUUAUACUAUGACUUGGUGGAGUUGGAAGGUAAAGCACACAAAAAAGAAUGCUACUAG